GUCCGGGGCCGACAGCUGGGCGGAAGCCGCACUUCGCCGAGUCGCGCGGCGACUUGCUCCGGCCCUGAACAUCCCGCCCGACACGUUCCGACGGUUCAACUUGGCCAACAUCACAGGGCUGUCCUAUGCUGAGUUCGAAGGCUUACUUGUGGCGCAGGAUUCACGCAUGACCCGCGAAGAUGUGAUAGCAUUGUGGCGACUGGCCGACGCAGAGGGAAGUGGAAGGGUUGACCUGGGUCAAGUCGUGUCCGUGCUUCGACGAGCACAACUCGAGGGCCUCACACAAGGCAGGCCACUGCCGCAGCCACCUGCGAGCCCUGCUGAUCGCGACAUGAUCUUGGAGGCACAUGUGGCACAGAUCGACCGCAGUUUCAGGAACCGGGGCGCUCUGCUCUCGGCCGGUCUCAGAUUCCACACUUCCACGAACUCGGAGAGGCCACGCAGAAGCCUAGCCUGCACCUGA